ACAACUUGAAAGAAGCAAAAACAAGCGUUCAAGAGAAUUAAAGGCUUAAUCAGGAAGUCAGGGACCAGUUCUGCCACUGACUCACAUCCCUGGAUUCCUGCACAGUGCCCAGGACACCGCUGGCCCCAAGAGUGUCCAGGGCACAAAUUUCAGGACUGGCAAGACUGGAGGACUAUGCUGCCAGAGAUUCCCCCUUCACCGAGCUGAGGGUCAAUGGACUGGAGGCCUCGCCCAUGGUCAGAUGGCCAGAAGGAGGAAGGAGGGUCGAUGUCAGACGACGGGUCACUCGUGUUUGAUUGAUGACACGCCUGCAACUGGCUGAGGGUAAGUUCUCUGAAGAGUUUUCUUCUCUCAUCUAACCACCUGGGUCACCGGCUUGGAGAGCUGGGACAGGGGAGUGUGGAUGGCAGACUUUGAACCACAGGCCAAGCAUCUCACACAGCACACUGCCUGGCCUGCCCCAGCGACCUCCCAUGUUGACCUCCAAGGGUGAAGGCAGACCCUCAGGCAUGGUGGUGCCCGCCCAGCAAGGGACUGUCCCACCAGGGAGGGGCAGAACUUGGCCCAGAUAACAGCAGGUAUCCCUACCACGGGCCCCUCCCCAGGACACAGCCCAGGGAGAGCUCCGCCCUCACUUCUUGGGCCCCCUAGCAUUCCUCGGCUGCCCACUGUACCCCCUGAAGAUCUGGACCCUCCCCACCCCCAGAGCUAUGCUUCAACUCUCACAGCACCCAAGCACAGAGCAAGCGGAGAACCCUGCAGGAGCACCAGGCCUGCCGGGUGAGAAAUCAGGCCUGUGCGUCUUCCCCUGGUGUGACCACUGGGCUGCUCCCCAGGGCUCUCCUGCGGGCUCCCUUCCCAAAGCCUGGGACCAGUCUGGGGCCAGGGACAGGCCCACACCAGCACGAAGAACAGAGCGGCAGCCCCAUGGCUUUCACAGUGGGAGCCAAGCAGGGAAGCACCUGCAGCCGUCCAGCCCCGAAGAGGCUCCUAUGGGAGCGAGAACUGCUGUGUGCCAGGCAGCCUCACCCACGGGGCAGCGAGCACAGUAACCUCACCCCAAGCACAUCACACCAACCUCACCAUGUCCUCACCCUGGGGCCACGGUGCCCUUCCAGACUCCUUACCUGCUAACAGGUUCCUUCCACGAGCAAACCUGAAACGCAAGUGGAGUGAACCCGCCAGCUGUCUUCCUUGCUAACAGCUAGCUCCCCAAUCGAAUCAGCCGACCUGCAUGGACUUCAGACACCAAACAGGCUUGCUGCGAGCAGAAACGGGUGACAAAAUUGAGGAGAGGUAGAAAUAAAUUAGUGGACGAAGGGUUUUUCCAGGUAGAAAAAUUUCUCAUUAAAAGAUUCAGAACAGACUGCCUUCCGGGUCGCGGUGGGUCGGGUGGCUGUCUCGUGUGGCUAGCGAGAUGCGUAUCACAGUCUUCUGUGGUCGCUGCCGGGGCGACCCGCACUGGGUAGGCAUCCCAGUCCUUCCCAACCACGCUGCGACCUCUGGGGUCAGUGGGACACAUGCUUAGCCCUUAGCCAAGCUAGGACGCCCGGGAGCUGCUGCUUAGUGGCGGGACCCAGGAAUCAGGGUUUCUGUCACGUGCCUACUCAGGGCGCUAGCCCUGUGGCCAGAGGGCCGACUCCGACGGAGCCAUACUCUGGGACCCAGUCUCGGCCAUGUUCCACCUUCCUACGUUCAAGCAUCAACCAAGCGCCUAUUUCCACCCUGUGUAAGAUCAGUGGAUUUCUGAACGUUUCAAAACUAUUUGGGGCCACCAGCAAGGUCCGGAGGUUUCAAAACUAUUUGGGGCCACCAGUAAGGUCCGGAGGUUUCAAAACUAUUUGGGGCCACCAGCAAGGUCCUAAGGUUUUACGGAGGAGUGCAAACACACAGCUUAAGGAAGGGCAAAAAGGUGGUGAGGGUGUAGAACGUGGAUGUGGGAAGACAGUGAGCAAGUGUAUAAUCAAAGGAGAUUUGUAUGUUCCCAAAGGCUGCUGGGCAACCACACUCAGGCAGCAGGACAAUAGCUACCCACUGCUCUGGAGGAACCUCUUGUCAGGGUUGUGAUGGAGGCCAGUGGUGCCCAAAGUUGCAGGUUCUUGCCCCAAGAAGAUUCCUAAGACACAUUGUAGAGAAUGUCCAAAAAGACCUGUAGCAUCUCUAUUUUUAUUUAUUUUCCCAAUAAAUAAUAACUGUAAUCAUCUAAAAAAAAAAGAUUCAGAACAAGAUUUUCAAUUAAAAUAGCAUAAAUGUUAUCAAAGUGUCUAAAACAAUAAACUAUGUGAACAGACAUGACUUUCUGAGCACACCAUAUAUAACUGACACACAACUAAAUCACUUUAUAAUCAUAAAUGUCACAAUCUUGGUUUUGAACCAAACUAUGAAUUUCAACUCUUAAAAAUAACAUAAAGUAAUAUGAUACAAGAUGUUUUGUAAUUUGCAUGGCUUCCAUACUUGUGUCUAGUAUAAAUUCUAAACACACACCACUUAGGCAUGCUUAAUACUUCCUUUAAACUAUGAAUUAUUUCAUAAUCUCAAUACUAAUUUUAAAAAGUUACCAAAUUUUAAAAACAAAAAAAGAUACUCUUUAAAAAACCAUACAUAUACAUGUAUAUACACGUUUCCGUCCCCCAAAAUUGCACACAUAAAGAGAAAAAGAACUCAAAUGAGAGAAUUAAAGAAACGGUGAGGGAAUUCCCUGGCAGUCCCAUGGCUGGGACUCCGUGUGGCUGGGACUGAUGAGGGUGAAGGUUUAAGCCCUGGGGAACUAAGAUCCUGCAAGCCACACAUCAUGGCCAAAAAAAAAAGGGGGGGGGUGAAAUUUCUACAUCAAAAAUGACACAGUACAAGAUCAAGAAAAUAGACGACAACAGAACUGGAGAAAAUAUUUGCAAGUUGUCUACCUGAUCUAAAAGUCUAGAAUCCAGAAAAUACAAAGAGUUUGUAUAGUUCAACAACAACAAGACAACCCAAUUUAAAAAUGGGCAAAGGGCUUGAAUAGAUGCUCAAUGUUAUCAGUCACCAGAGAAAUGCAAAUGAAAGCCAUAAUGAGAUAUCCACUAGAUUGGUUACAAUUUUUUUUUUUUUAAUGUAAAAUGAUAGGGCCUGGUGAGGAUAUGGGGAAACUGGUAAACAGGGAACCCAUGCCCUGCUGGCAGGACCAUAAAGCAGCAGCCAAAUCUCCAUCUGUUGACACAAGGAUAGACAAAAUGUGAUCUGUCCUUCUACUAUGAGCUGAAUUGUAUCCCCCCAAUAACUCAUAAUGGGACUGCAUUUGGAGACAGGGCCUUUAAAGAGGUAAUUAAGGUAAAAUGAGACCAUAUGGAUGGGCCCAAAUCCAACAGGGUUGUUGUCCAUCCAGGACACAGACUCUGAUCAAAGGGCAACCAUGUGAAGAUACAGCAAGAAGGUGGCCAUCUGCAAGCCAAGGAGAAAGGCCUUGAGAGAAACAAUCCUGCCAGUACCCUAAUCUCAGGACACCCAACCUCCAAAACUGUUGUUUAAGCCACUCAGUCUGGGUAUUUUGUUAGAGAAGCCUGAACCAACUAAUACACCAUACUAUGCAGUAAUCUUCAGCAAAAAAUGAAAUGAAAUACACAUUCUACAACGUGGAUGAGCCUUGAAUCAUGCCAAGUGAGAGAAUCCUGUCACGAAGGACCACAUGUUGUAUUUUUCUAUUUAUCAGAAACAACCAGAUUAGGCAAGUCCACAGCAAUAGGAGGUAGAUUAGUGACUGUGCAUUGCUGAGGAGGAUAGGGGUUUUGGAUGACAGCUAAGGGCCAUGGGCUUCCUUUUGGGGGUAAUGAAAUGUUCUAGAACUGAUUGUGGCGCAUAACUCUGUGAAUAAACUAAAAGCCACUGAUCUGUACACUUUAAAUGGGUGAGCUGUACAGAAUUAAAUUAUAUCUCAAUGAACCUAUUUUUAAAUCUCAUAGAUAAGCAGUUAUUAUCUCAAGUAAUCAAUAAGGAUACUUCAAGCACAGAUAAGUUACCUUUCUACUUCUACUGGGGUCAGUUUUGAUAAAUUAUAUUUUUCUAAGAAUGUCUAUUUUUGUCUGAGCUAUCAAAGUUACCAGCAAAAGACAGUCUGAACAUGUGGCUUUUAUUCUCUGCAGGACCUGUCUUAUAGCCCCCCAUCCGGGUGUCUCCUAUGGUUUAUUCGCUUCUCCUCCUGCUCUGUUGAUGAGCCAGAAGUUUCUCUCUUUGGAAGGCCUUUUUGGCCAUUGAUCCUCGAAGACAUGUGUCUUCUCCCUCCCUCAUUUCCUGUGCUCCCCUGCUACUACCCGCGCUCUUUCCUUGGCAGUUUGAGCCUUUCUUCUCCUCCUUAUGAUGCUAGAAGAGGGAUAAGGUAGGAGUCAGCAGCAGUUUCUACAAAGGGCCAGAGCCCAAACAGUGAGGUUUUGCAGACCACUGGCUGCUUCCCUUUUCUUUAAAAAAGAAAACAAUGUUGGGGGGAAAAAAGGAAUAACCACUCUUGGCUCCAAGGCCAUACAAAAACAGGCCAAGGCCAGCUUGGGCCUGCAGGCCAUGGUUUCACAAUUCACAAUUCCUGCUUAAGGUUUUAGAUUGCCCUGUAAGGACACUGCUAGCUGCAUCUGGAGAGUUCUGAUAUACAACUGUAUUACUAUUUAUUUCUAUCUUUACAAUUUCAUUGCAAAAUUUCUAUUGGGAUUUCUUCUUUAACUCCUGUGUUAUUUAGAAAUCCAUAUAUUUUCAAACUAAACACUCAUGUCAUGCCUUUAUCUUUCUGUAUCCAACUUUCAAUUUCAUUGUUUUGUUGGUCAAAGAAUGUAGUCUGUACACCAGUAGUUCUCUGAAAUUUCUUGAGACUUGUUUUACAGCCUUACUAGUAAACGUGCAGCAUUUGUAAAUGCUCCCGUGUCCAAGAAAGCAUCCCCUCAACCACAGCUGCACAGCCCUACAUGAACCCACAGAAUCAGGCCUGUCUCCUGCUAUCUAAGUCUUAGAUAUAAGGCUCCCUGCUAUUCCAGUUCAUCCCACUAUUCUCUCUCAUAAAUGAACUGUCAGCAAUGGAGAGAGGUGUUCUGAGUUCUCAGGACGACACCAGAUUCGUCCAUUUAUCCCUGGAGCCCUAUGAUUUCUGCUUCUCACGUCCUCAAGUAUAACAGCAACUUGUGUCAGUCACGGAUGAUGCCAAAUCACCAGGCUACCCACAUCUGUUCCCUCUGCCUCUGCUACUGGUGUCGGCGGGAUCUGGGCACGGGGAGGGGACAGCAAGGACAAGGGGGACCUCCUAGCACGUGCUGCAAUGCUCACAUCCACCCUCUGGCCUCCCAGCCGUCAACGUGGAGGAUGCAGUCACGCUGUUGAAGAGCUGGCGCACCUCACCACGGAACUGCCUCUAAGUCUGGAUGAGCUGGGGAGGGGUCCUGGAGAAGGAGGAGGAGCCGUGACAGGACGGGGUGAGGGGAGCAGCUAUAUCACGGUGUCAGCAGACCAGCGUCCACACACACCACCCAUGAAAGCACUGCCGCAGGAUCUGCCCCAGGAGUGAGUGGCCACUGCCUGACUUCCACCUCAUGUAUACCCUUCCCGCAGAACCAGAAGGGGACGGGAUCUCGGCAGAGGGACCCAGCUCAGGCACUGCGGCAGUGUGGUGGUGGCCUGUGGAAAGGAACCGUACAAAACAGGGCUGGAGGAAGAAGGGGCAAUAGUCCCCUGGGUUCUGGACGAGCCCUCCCCUUCUCACCUGAAUGCUUUGGUCCCAGGGUGACCAGGAAGACUCAGAACAAUGUCUGGUGCCCAGGAGGUACUCAAUGAAGAUUCUAAAAUUGCUGUCUGGUUAUUUCUGCCAAGUAUGCCUGGGAGCACCACUUGCCCUACAGCCAAGGGCUGGGGUCUGACACCCAGGCCAACUUGGGACACGUGGCCAUGGGCCUGCUGAGACCCUGCAUAGCCUCCAGGCCACCCAGCCCGAACUCCUGGUGGAAACAAAGACAAGCACAGCUGCCAGCAGUGCCUCGCGCCCUCCACGACCUGGGAAGAGGGGAAGUUCCGCGAGGAGUCAAAGCCCCACCUGGGCCAUGCGAACCACCUUGAGGGGGAUGAGCCCAUGCUGAAGGACACACAGGAAGCCAGCUCCAGGCUGUCCCCCAGGUUCCAGACAAACAUCAUAACCGGCUGCCUCGAAACAGGUGGAGUGAAAGGCAGUCAUGGUAAAAUCACACAAGAAAAGCAAACACGUGAGGGAGAGUCUCCAGAUGCCACCAAAGGACAGAAACCCAACACUCCAUAUAAAAACAGAACCUAAGAGUUCUAGUCUAGUUGGUGGUCUGGUUAAGAAUCUGCCUGCCAAUGCAGCGGACAGUCCCUGUGGGAAGAUUCUAUAUGCCGCAGGGCAACUAAGCCCGUACACCCCAACUACUGAGCCAGUCCUAUAGAGCCCAUCAUCACAAUGAAGAGUAGUCCUACUUCUAGAGAAGCAACUAAAGAAAACCUAUGUACAGCAACAAAGGUACAGCGCAGCCAAAAAUAAAUACAUAAAUCUUAAAAAAAAAAAAAAAAGAUAACAUUGCAAAUGGAGGCCUAGAAUACUAAACAUAUAAGAAGAGGAAUGAAAACCACAGUGAAGGAAUCAAGGAAGAUUUUAAAAAGAAUCGAAACAAUGUCUGGAAAUAAAAGGAGAAAAGAUUCAAGGCACGGGUGGAGCUCUAAGGUGGCCUUGGAGGCCAAGCUCAGGAAGUUAGCCAGGCUGGCGGAGCAAUGCGACACCACACACAAGAGGGCUGGCAGCCAGGCUCAAGCAGAACAAGGGAACGACUACAGGGGCCUGUUCCCCACUGUCUUUAGUCUGUUCACAGCUCUUUUACUGCUAUGUUUUCACUGAUGUUAAUUGUAGCAAGAGACAAAAACAAAUCACUGUGCUAAUUUUUUUCCUUGGCCUUGUUUGCUUUAACUAAGUGACUUCUACAUGCGGUUGUGAACAUAUCCAGAGACAUCAGGUAAAAAGCCCUUUUAAAAUACAAAUUCAUAUUUCCUGGCGGAUCAGUGGUUAGGACUCUGCUUCCACAGCAGGGGGCAUGUGUUCAGUCUCUGCUUGGGGAACUUAAAUUCCACAAGCCAAAUGGCACAGCCGAAAAAAAAUUUUUGUUUAAUGAAUAAACAAACACAUACACACAUACAAAUUCAAUAAAAGGAAGUAAGCACCACAUCACUUGCCCCGGGAAAAACAUAACGAGCCUGAUGAGGGACCAGCGAGGGCACUGAAACAUCAGCAGAUACUGUUGGGCAGGCAGAGGGGAAGAAGAGAGGAAAGCUGUGGGAACCCUCGAAUCUUGGCCCAAGUUCACAAACCUGAAUCAGUCUCCCAGCCAAAGACAAAACAAGCCGAAGCUCAUGGUUUCAAGUUUCACUUGAGACACAGAAGCCACAGCCCGGAUCACGCUGGGCUCGGAGACCCUGCCCAAAGCAGAACCCCUCCUCCCAGCCCGGGCCCCCAUGGGGGCUGGCCAGGUGAGGAGGAGCCCUGGGUCCAGCUCAGCUCGGCUGGGCUCCACACCUCCCUGGGGGAAGGCGUCAGCAGGGAGGAGUCCCAGGAGCUGCCGGCACAAAAGCUGCCCACAGGCCACAGACACCGAAACCGGAAGCCCUACGGCCACCGUCCAGGAGCACAGGACACAGGAUGGCCGGGCUGGGAAGCGGCCGGCGCGCGCCCCUCCAAAACAGAGCAGCUCCAGUCCCGCAAACAUCCCAACAGUGGCCUUUACUGGGAUCAUUAGCAAAUUAAAAUUCAAGUAAUGCAUUACACAUCUCAGACUUCAGGUUACAAACGAAGCCCUCCACUUACUCAUCAAAGGAAGGUAAACGUCCAACAAUAAAACUUUCCCCGGACACUCCCACAUCCCCUGGCCUGCCUCACUGGACAGACAAAUAAACUCUACUUUCAUUUCUAUUUUUCAACUACUCGAUAAGCAAAAGAUCAACUGAUACCCUCAGGAUUUUUUUUUUUUUUAAUGAGACACCAAGUACCUCACUGGACAGAGACAAUCACAGUUUCAGCCCCAACCUCUGCCAGCAUGUGCCCCAUGCUCCCCACACUUGGUCUCAUAGGCCCAGCUCUCACAUGUUGACAGGGGAGGACCCUGAAGACCUGGUGGGCGCAAGUAGAGCCCCUGCACACACUACACUCAGCUCAAGCGAGGUGGAUCACACAGGCCAAAGGCUUGAAACUGGGGGCUGGGAGAAAUGGUCAGCACAGGGGCGGGGCACCACCAGGAGCCUCAGUCCUGGGCCUCCUGCAGGAGUCUGAGAAUGUGUCUGUCCUGAUCCCCUGGACUGGUUCUCCAACCAAUGAACAAAUGCCUAGUGAGCACAUGUGCAUGAACAUAAGCUACCAUGAAAGACCUUAGGCCUGCGCUCCAAAGCCCACAAGUUGCAACUACUGAUGCCUGUGCACCGGAGUCUGUGCUCCACAGCAAUAAUGCACCAAGGUCAGCCCCCACUUUCCACAACUAAAGAAAGCGGCACGUGCCAACAAUGAAAACCUAGCACAGCCAGUAAGUAAAAAAGAACACAUGUUCAUCUCUAAGAACUUAAUGAAUGUCACCUCGGAAGCUGCUUAGGGUUUACUGUCUUUACAACAACCAAAAUUUGAGAAAAUGAAAUUAUGCUUAGGGUUUUCUGUAGAGUUUUCAUUUCCUUUUCCUUUCCUCUGGAUGCCAAAUCCCAGAGGAGCACUAACAACUGAAAGUAAAACUAACUGGUAUUUACUUGUAAGGUCGAAAGUAAAAAUGAUCUGCUUCCUUCAUCAAAGACGUUUUGUUCUGUGAUACAUACCAUUCCCACCGUACGAACACAAUUUGGUGGGAUACUGUAAUUAACCCAUCAGGUUCCAAAAAAAUCCAGGAGUAGAGGCCUCCAGGGCACCUUCUACACAUAGGAAAGCUGGGGCCCAGGUCAGACAACUACUCUAAGCCACAGGAGGAUGAAAGAAUGGAGUCAAGACUCAAACGUCUUGGUAGCAGUCACGGAGUACAAGUCCCUGAUUCAAGUCACAGACGUGGCAUCCUGCCCCCGGGGCAACCUUUUCACUGCCUAGAGGACUCUGCUCUGCUGUCCUUGAGGCUGGGUGACCUUGGCCAAGUUACUUACCCUCUCUGUGCUGCCUGACUGCAAAUCAGGCUCCUGAAGUUCCCAUUUCAAAGAGUUACUGCAGUGAUUAAAUGGAUUAAUAGAGGUAGAAUGUUUACUCAGCACAGGGCCUUACAUCUAAUAAACACUCAACCUGCUCCACCAAGAGAGUAAACUCUGGUGAUGAUAAGCAGGUGAAGGAGGGAUCACAAUGAAAAAAGAAAAGCUUUGUGGAAGAAAGGGAGACUGCAGAAGGAAUAGCACCACCUGUCAAAAGCCAUCAUUAAAAUUCCCAGAGAAAUAAGAGAAGCCUACUGCAACUACUACCUAAGAAUAAGAUACUAAGAAAGGAACACUCAGAGAACAUGCAUGAACUCAUGGAAAGCAAAAAUCUUAAUAUCAGGACAGAAGGGUCAGAAGAGAAAGCUGAAGAAAGUGAGAACGCCGAGAACAGAGAAGAGAGCCUACAGGAGAGAAGCAAUGGCAAGUGAAGAACCAGGAAUCGCCACUUACACAAACUUUUACAACGGGUGAAACUAAUCUAUAACGGGAGAAAAUCCAGCCAGCAGCUGCUCCCGAGUAGUGAUCUAGUGUUCUACCUCCCAGCAGAAGGCACGCCCACGACUCAGGGAAGGGUACUCUCGGGACCUGCGCCCUCGUCACAUGUGAAUUCUACCUUCAAAAGAAGUAUUAAUGGUUAACAACACGCCUGCUGAACACAUCUGUCUUUGAAAUGCAACAAAUACUUGAGAUGGAUCGACAUGUGGAAAAGAGAAGGGAAUGCAGAAUACCCUGAGUGGUAGGACAGAGAAAACGUUCACUGCAGAACCAGUGCUGAGUGUCUGAGCAUUCACUUAUGUGAAUUAUGUGACUCAUCUGUAUGUCUGAAAUUUUUCAUACUAAAAUGUUGCAGGGAAAGAGUCAGGGAUGAGAAUCACACCAAACUUUUCAGAAGCAGCACUGAAAGCCAGAUCAAUGGAAAACACUUUCAAAACACUGACAGUAAAUACUUUCUGGCCUAGGAUUCUAUACCUAGCCAAACUAUCAACUAGAUAGAAGGGCAGAAAAAAAGACACUUCCAAUCAUUCAGGGUCUCAAAGAUUUGCCUCUCUUGCAUUCUUUCUAAGGAGCCUACUAAAGGGCUGUGCUUCAUUUAUACUCAAAGGAAGGAUCAACCCAAGAGAGAAGACAAUGUGAGAUCCAGGAAGCCUGGCUUCCAACUCAGGAAAGAGGCAGAGGGAAUCUCAGAUGACAGGGAAGGCAUGCGUGGAGGUAGAGGUGUUAAAAGAGCUACAUUCUCACUCCCUAUAAAGACAACUGACCACACCCAAAACUGGGAACAGUGAAGGGGGGUGGGGGGAACAAAACAAGCAACAGAAUAAUGUUAUUUGUAAUCAAGGAGGUAAAUUUCCAAAAUCAUCAGCUAAGAGAAGGUCCCAGUGGGGCUCCUGGCAGGCAGGAUGGGAGGGGAGCAGCCAGUGACACGCUCCCACUGAGAGGAUGGGGCCCCUCCCUUCCUUCAAACCCAAGAGAGCCAAGUGUGAUCCUCUGGUGCUUUCUACUCUGAGUCCCACACGGAAUAAGACUGACCGGCCAUCCUGGAGAGGCCUCUGGAUGAAAACAAAGUGAGGAGGAGGGAUCAGCUGCUCCCCCAGGACAUGAGGCAGCUGAGUGCCCACUAAUGCCACAGCACACAAGAUUGGCCUGGAGCAAGCUAGACUCUUGACCCGAAAAAUCUUGAGAUCAUAAAAAUGGAAGUUUUUUAAAGACACCUGUUUUGGGGGGCUUGUCAUCAGCAAGAGGUGAGGGGAGAAGCAGGAACCACUGUUCCUGUUCUACGGUAAGACAGAACUAUUUUUUUUUUAACUCUCUAAAUUAUGUGGAUGUCUAAUUGGAUGAAAGUAAUUUAAAAGACCUUUUUUUCAAUUCAACAUGAAGGUAAUAAAGCCAAGUAAAAUCUUAAGCCUAAAAAGAAAAAACUAAAACAGCAUCUGGGCUGGUAGGCCCACCCUGGCACCCACACUCACGCCAUGCACACCCAUCUCCCCGUCCCCACACCUGCACCACAUGCAGCCUCCCCGAGAGAAGGGAGGCAGCCAGAGACUCGACAGCAAGCAGAUGAAGGGGAGUGGGGGGUGCCCUUGAUCACAAACUAAGCGUCUUAAUCAUUUGAAGAGAUAAAAAGGGGGACCAAGGAAAGGCAUGGAGGCCGUUCCCGGCAGCAGCACACAGCCACGCAGCAGGGCAGCCUUGCUCAGGGCUGGUCCUGGGCGUGCACCGGCAGGUCCCCGCGGCAGCCCAGGCGGCCCCCCUCCGGCUCUCCAGGAGGACCCGGGCAGGUCUCCCAGUCCCCGGGGUGGAGGGUGACAAAGGUUCCGUCAAACCCUCACGGGUAGGACACCGGGGCUGUCGGCAUCCGUUAGAAGAGAUGCAUUUCAGGCUAAAUGUCAGCAUUGGCUGCCGCCGCCUGCACACACCACAGCUCCCCUGGGAGGCCUCUACCCUCACCUCAAAUGUGUGCAACCCCCGAGUUCACAAAGAGCCAGGCGGCACUACCAUGGCACUCAGGAAACCCGGGCAGGGAGCUGCCGUGAGGCACGGAGGUGGCGCUGGCUGGCCAGCUUGGUGGGUGCAAACACAUGAAUCGUAGCUGCGGGCGGGAGGAAUAUCAGGUGCAUCUCUACGCCCCGAGGGCUCGACUCCUACAUUAAAUCCCUCCCACUGGAACAGCCGGCUCCAGUUUCAGCGAGAGCGAGCGUGAGAACAGGUCCUGCUCUGGCCCGGCAGCCACAGCUUCUACCUCCCCACCUCUGCUCCUGGUCCCCAAAUGAGCGAGACUUCCCUGGUCACACCCACAGCCCGUGAAGCCGGCUUCAAGUAGAAGCGCUCAGAAAGGAAAGCAAAGGAGAAGUGGUGACCUGCUUCCUUAAAAACCACCAAGGCUGAACUACGCAGGAGCCAGUGGGGCUCAGACGCCAAAUCACAGAAGGAAAAUGAGCCUUCUCAAAGAGCGAAAACCAAAAAAGCCACAUUACAUCCCCAGGCCCCCAGGAAAGCCAUUCAAGUACAAGUGUUUCCAGUGUCCCUUUACUUGCAAUGAAAAGUCACAUCUUUUCAACCACAUGAAAUACGGUCUUUGUAAAAACUCCAUCACUUUAGUGUCCGAGCAAGAUCGUGUUCCCAAGUGCUCCAAACCAAACUCUUCAGACCCUAAGCAAACCAAUCAGCCCGACCCUGUGGUGAAGCCCACCUCUUCCAAGCCCGUCCCAAGCGGGUUCUCACACCUGGAUGCCAAGCUCCAACACGGCCUCGCCAAGGACGACAUCAAGGAAAACCUGGACCUGCACGCACGUGGGCCCCACAGGUGCCUCGGACAGAAGCCUGCUCCCAACAAGGAAGCAGCGCCCCCAAGCCCAGCCCCAGAAGCUGCCGUGGGCACCCAGCCUGUUCUGGAAGGAGCUGUCCGGCCUUCAGCAUUCGUUCCAGUGGGGGAGCACAGACUCAAAGGGCAGGAGCUCACAGAGGCUCCAGAAGCGCUGGCCCUGACCCACCCCCCUGCCAAAGCCACCUCCUUCCACACCAAGUCUGCCUUCCACACCCCCGGCUACCCCUGGAGAGCUGGCUCACCUUUCCUCACACCUGAGUUUCCACAUAAAAUCCCAUCCACAAAGGGCUUUGGUGCCGCUUCCCCGUAUGUGCACCCCAGCAUCACGGAGUACCCGCCUCAUUUUUACACGGAGCACGGACUGGCCACCAUCUACUCACCUUACCUACUCGCAGGGAACUCGCCCGAAUGUGACAGCCCUCUGCUGUCUGUCUACGGGGCCCAAGACCAAAGACACUUCCUGCCUCACCCAGGGCCCAUCCCUAAGCACCUGAACCCGGCUCCAUCCACAUACGACCAUUACAGAUUCUUCCAGCAGUAUCACUCCAGCCUGCCAAUUCCUUACGGAUUUUACAGACCCGAGUCUGCGUUCUCCUCCUAUGGCCUCAGACUCCCACCCGUGGCUGGCAUUUCACGGGACCAAAGCUCACAUCUACUGGAAGAAGCUGCCCUGGGUUACCAGGCCUUGAGUCCCUCCAAGUUAAACUCCUCCAACUCCCACAAAAAACACACAGAGUUGGAGAAGGAGAGUCCAACUCCCGAGGCUAAAGAACCUUCCAAAGAUGGGCAGAGGGACACGGAAGGGACCAAAAUGAGCCCACGCGCAGGCAGCGCAGCCACAGGCUCCCCGGGAAGGCCAAGUCCCACCAACUUCACACAGACAAGCCAGCCGUGCGCUGGGGUGUGCAGCCUCUCAGAUGCGCCCGCCCCCGGUGCCCCAGGAAGGAUCCAACCACCAGAACAGGGCCUCGCAGCCUUCAAGCCCAUCAAGAACACGGAGCACCCACAUUCCCAGGCCCCAGAAAACAGAGCGGCAUCCCCGAAAAGCCUCGAGGCCUCGAACACAGACGCUCCAACUCAGCUGGGGAGCCUGGAGGCCUCCCCCUCCAGCCCAGAGGACAGCUCCAGGGUGGCCCCGCUGAACCUCUCCACGAAACCAGAGGCUGAGCCAGCUGCCUCUCACAGCCCUGCCUACGGAGAAUUUGUGGAGCCGCAGGACGCGCCGCUCAACCUCUCAGUGAAGGACCCCUGCAACGCCCUGACCUCAAGGCCCUCUGUGUGCAGCCCCCCUCGAGGGGCCGAGCCCACGGCUGCCCCCACCCCCUCUCCAACUCAGCAGAGGGAACCUGCAAGUUCUGGGGACAGACCUGACCCCAGCUCUGUGGAGGCCCCGGUGCCCGGCCCCACUGGGAAGGCCCAGGAAAUACGUGCAGCUGACAGCGAUGAGCAGAAGCAGACGGCGGCCGUGGCCCUCUGCCAACUGGCAGCCUGCAGCCCGGUCAAUGUCGAGCCCGCAGCCCAGGAGCCCACCUGCCGGCCAGACGCACCUACCCCCAGGGCUCCAGGGAGCCAGGAGGCUCAGUGCGACCUCAGACCCAAGGGGCAAAAGAGGACGAGCCCCAGGGAGGCAGGGAAGGGCCAGCAGGGAUCCAAGAAGGCAAAGCCCAGUGACACAGCCAGAGUGUUCACACUCCGGAAGAGAACUCGGGUGUCUUAGAGCCGCUCCCGGGCAGCCAGAGCUGCAGCCACAGCACGACUUGCGAUGUAGGCGAGAUAGCAGCAAACCCCCACCUGGCCCUCACGUUUCUCAUCUGGUCAAUUUUUACAACUCAGUUGUCUUCUUCACAAAAUAGGGGGAAAAAAAUUUAAGAUAAAGCUGCAACUCAACCAAGUUUUGUAAAUAUUAAGAAUAAACAUUAAAAGGUGCUUCUACUUCUGGCUGUAAAAUAUUUGAAUGACUCACACUUUAGGAUCUGAUGCAAAAUGUCAAAUGAAAUGCAUAGGACUGAAAGGUAACUUUUAGGUGUUAGCAUCUUAGAGGAACUCUCUUUAAAAAUAGUUAUUUUUAAUUGUUUUUCUAUUAUGUCUACUACGUGUUUCAAAGUAAAGAACAAUUACUGGGGGGAAAAAAUGCCAGGAAAAGACAUUUCCGGUACUAGUAUUAAAGUGCUAUGUGUAAAAACGCUGUUUGUUAUGACUGAAUCACAGACAGCAAGAGGCUAUUUAUACAAGUAAUUUAUUUCCACUGGGAAGAAUGCAUUGCUGGGGAAGCUACUCUCAACAUGCUCUGUCUUCACAACAUUACAGUGACUCUUCUGACUCAUUCGGCCUGGUUUUCCACUUCCUAAAAUGAUGUAUAUGUUGCUAAUUCUCCAAUAAACUCAUAAGUAAAAUUCGAGGUUACGUAAAAAGAAGGUAAGCAUAAAUGCUGUGUUACAUUUUACCACAAUAAAUAAACUCAUUGAAAAA